GACCAACGCUACCCCCCCGAAAGAGACAAAGGGACGACAAACCGUCAAUUGUACCUCUCCGCUGGGCUCCCAGAGGAGACGAGAUGAGUCGACCAGAAACCACAGAAGACUUGGAGUUCAACCUUUUCUACCAGGCGAUUCAGACCCGCUUCCUACAGCAGUACGAGCAUGCCCAGCAGAACUGCUGGCUCGUGUGCAUCCCCAGAGCGACGUCCCUGACCGGCUGCAGCCUCACUCGCAGCUUUGUGGAUAUGCACAUGCUGCAGCCGUCUGUCUACCUCAAGGAUCAAUACACUGCCGUGUGUAACGGUCAGAGGCUCGACUGGCAGCUACGAGGAGGCCAGCUGGACUGCGUGUCUAGCUCAGGGACAUCUCUAAGUAUUCAGGUCCUCUCUGAGGAACUUGCAUACAACAGACAACUGCAGCAGUUCAAGAUGUUUAUAGUCGAUCGCCCUCUUGACCCUAAUUACAAGCCGUCCGGUGUAAGAGGCAGUCAUUACUUUGCCACAAAGACGAGGAGGAAGUUUGAAGAACACGUCCAUUUUCUAAAGUCUUUUGAGAAUCAUAGAGAGCCUCUAAGAGACCUAGAUAACAGAGUAUCUGGGUUCCUCCAGCACUAUCUCAUAGUAGAACAGGAGAACCUCCUCGGGGAGACAGCCAGUAAACUCGGGUCCACCACUAAACAGGCACAUGCUAGUUUUCUCGAAGCCAACAGGAGAGACGGGAGACUGGAAGACCGCAGGGUACACGAAGCUGUCUGGCUAUCCAUGGAAAGCUACCUGAUGGAGAAGGUUCACUCCAAGGUGUUCCCGGCCCUCUGUCGCGUCCACAAGAGACAGAACGACGACCUCGUCCAGCGCUCCAAGUACCUACGAGGGACACUCACCCCCAGCGGAGUGGGCGUGUCAGAGGACUACAACUGUCCCUACGGUCAGACUCUGCUCCACCUCAACCAACUGGAGAGCUUCAAGUCUCCUCUGGAACAGCUCUACUGCCUACAAGAUGCCAUGGAGUGUAUACAGCAAGAUGCAAGAGAGCAUUUCACCAAGACUCUGAGACAUGGAGAACCUACUCCACUGGCUUCGGAUGACCUCAUCGCAUUACUGGCCACCAUUCUCACCCAAUCUAACUGUGGUACGUAUGUACGUAAGUUGCACGUAAAUUUGACACGACAUUUAGUUUUCGCGAGUUUGGGAGUCUUAAAAGAAAAAAUUCCGGGGUAAAUUGGGAAUGCUUUCGUAGGGACGGUUAGUCUGUCUCCCACAGCUCCAUGAGAAUCUUGAUGACCUUGAGGUUGUUUGGGCAAUUUUAUACAUACUAGCUCAUGCUGCAAUCUCCAUCUCCAUUAUCUCUCCCUCCCCUCCUCCCCCCAGUCCACCUCUUCUCCUGUCUGUACUACAUGGAGCACUUCCACUGGCCGCCCAGUGAUACGGACAGACUCAGCUACGUCCUGGUCACGUUCCACGCUGCCAUGGAAUACAUCCGCGGACCAGACGUUACUCACUUACUUCCAAAGAACACUGUACUGAGCACAGGAGCACUUCUCUCGCGAGACAGAAGGACAGAGAACCACCGAGAGAGGUCGCUGUCCCCCUGCCCUCCCUCUCCCGUCUCCUCCUCCUCCCUCUCCACACUCACCGAGUCCACACCCAGUCUGGACGGAGCCCGAGACGACAAGACUCUCCUCCCGCCUUCUUCCUUGUCACCGGGGCGACGUGGCCACAAGAAACCUCCCGUGAAACACACAGAGUUGGGGCCAUUUCUCUCUCUGCUGGUGGAAAGUGAGGAGACAAUAAGCUCUACCUCUUGGGACCCCUACUCCUAGUAUAUAACUCUCCUCCACCACAGCACAUGAUCAUCAUCAUCUCUUAUACAGUGUGUCUAAUUUAUUACCACAAAAAGUAGAGGUCUUAGAGCAGAUAAUCACACCUUAUUUGCCAUUUUACCGUCUUAAUAUUUAACUUCUUUGAUUACGCCACUUGACACAAUUGCAGCGGAAUAUGAAUGUGAUAAAAUAUCAACAGAUUUACAGUUUUGUACAGAAUUCCCUGAAAAACAUUGUGUCAGUCUGCGUCAACUCUUUACUCUACACGUAUGUUUUGAUGUCCAUGAAAGUGCGCAUGCAAGCAGAUCAAAGGCAAAGGAAUGAGUGUCUUAGAGUUUCUUUGGUGGUACCAUCCACUCCACCGUCUUGGUGAGCAGAAACACAGUACACACACCGAGAGAGGUUUUUACUUCCUCCGGGCAAACUCGGUCGCGGCACGUGACGCAGCUGUUCUUGCUGGCCAGUCGCUGGAAGUAAUAGCUUGGAAACAGCGACAGGUUCUGGCCGCCUUUCGGUGGAGUCGGGUAUCCGUGCUUCUUACACAUGUCAACUCUCUAACUCGUUCGUAAGCCGGCAGACGGGAAGGGACGUUCUGGCACAAACACACGCCUUUCUGUCGUUUAUCAGUCUCCGUGCGGACGAAUCAGAGGCGCCUAUCACUGUAGGCCGCACUCCAGACUCUCCUCGAGAUGUAGGGCAAGCGAAGGAAACUCGAACGACGCGAAAAACCUUCGCCCUUGCCGGUUCCUCAAUCAAAAAUGCUGGUGUGUCCAAGUUUGUUGUUGUGUCAUGAUCACGGGA